CAGAAAUUAAAUUUGAAAAAGUAUACCCAAAAAUAACAUGUCAGCUAAAAGUAUACACAGUAACAACAAGAAGUAUGAAAUGCUUAUCUUGUUCAUUAGCAAGGUGUUCAUUUGCAUCUAAGGUAUACAGUCAUAAGACAGAGUUCAAAUGACAAAUGUAAUGGGUCGCAAAGAAACACAUUACUUGCAGACUUUAAACUGUGCUUCAAUGGCCCAGCAAAACAUGAAAAUGCGCCCGGUGCUACUGAAGAGAAACAGUCUGGAUUCAUUUGAUUUUAUGAGACAGCCACAUCAUCGCAGAAGCAAAUCUCAGCAAGUUCGUUUCAAGGACGAUGGUAUCAACACAAAGGCAGUGGAUGUCACUGAACUGGAUAAUAAUCCUGCCCAAGACAUGGCAUUAAUGAUUGAAAAUACAGAAAUAUCUCGACAUCACAAUUUUUUGUUACAACCUCCAUCUUUUCCAAAGGCUCAGAAGGGACUUCAGAAUAUUGCCAUACAAACAUCUCCUAGCCUCAGGAAACACUUCCCUGUUUUCAGAAGAAAAAAGCUGUUGGCAAGCAAGUCACUAACAGAAAUGCCAAUUGAGCCUGCAAACUGCAUUCCAGUAAAGGACAAUCUUUCUGAACAAGAUGUUAUGUCUUCAGACUUCUGCUAUUUAAGAAUAUCUAGCCAUUUGGAAGAUGGAUUCAGGAAUAGCAAGGUGGAUGGUCAGUCAAGUCAAAGACUGCCAGAAGCACAAAGAAAUGGACAUAUCCAAACCGAUGAUUCCUCAGUAACAGAAAAGACAACUACUUCUACACAGGUGCCUGAAUACAUUCACGUGAAUUUUCCACAAAACAGUGAUACUUCCACGGAUGCACCAGACACAAUUAUGAAUUCAAGUAAUUUACCGCAUUCUUCUAAUUCUUCUACUAUCAUAAAUAGUAAUGAAAACAAUGAAACCAGCAUGCUGUCAUCUAAUUCUGAAAAUAUAUGCCCUUGUCUAAGUGAUUCCACUAACGGCAAUGAUUGUAAUCCUCAUUCUGACUCUUGUGAAACAUCUAAAAGUGAUUCUGAGUUGCCUGUAGUCAGCAAAGAUGCAAGCAGUAAGGAAACUACUCCAUUAUCACCUCCAUCAAAUCAAAGUUCAUCUCCUUGUUUCUUCACAAACUAUCUACAGACAGUAGAGAAUAAAAGAGAUUCCAGCUGUGUGACAGUAACAAAUGAUGAUCACACAGUAAUGUCAUUGACCAGCAGUAAUGCAUCAAAAUCUAUUUCUUCAGUUAGUACUGAAACUGAGAAAAAUUCUACUCUGUCUGAUGUUUCCCAGUGUAACAGCUGUUUAGAAGGAUUUCACAUGAAGUCUUCUCUGCCAAGGAAUGAAAUAAAACCACACAUCAACAAAGAGAUUAGUGAAAUAAAUCAAAUUCAUUUGACACAUGGUGAACUAUGUGCUCUACAAGGCAAGCUGCAGUCUGUAGAGGAAUCCUUGCUGUCAAACCAGGAGAAGAUUAAAGUCCUUCUGAAUGUAAUUCAAGACCUUGAAAAAUCCAGAGCCCUCAGUGAAGGGCGCAACUUCUAUCACACUGGUCAAGACCUCAACAACUGCAGCACGUGUCAGAACACCGCCUGUAUCAUUUACAGUGUAGAAUAUGACUUCAGACAACAAGAAGGAAGAUUUCAACAGAUUUUGAAAAGGCUGGAUCAUGCAGAGCAAAAUCCAGCUUCAGCUUCACCUCAGAAGCCAGCAUUUGAUCAUCCACUUCCCGAGAAAAAGGAGUUAAGAAAGAAAACAAAAAAGGUGAAAAAAAAAUGCUUCUGGUGGAUUUGACUUCCUUACAGAUCUUGAACCGAAACACAAUUUUUAUAUUUCAAAGACAGUAGAACAGAAAGAGGUUUGGAAGCACAUACCUGAAAUUACACUAUUAUGAAAUCACAAAACUAAAGACUAUUUAAUUGAGUAUCAAAUCAGAAGAAUUGAUUAAAAUCAUAUCACUGAAUAAAGACAUGAAGAGACUGUUUUUGAAACAGAAUUGUAAGUUUUCUUCUUUUUUUUCCCAGUGACAUUCAUAUUCUUU